AUGGGCGCUACCAAAAACACCUCCCCGAGACUAAUUGUCCUGCAAGAAAGGAAAAAACAAAUCGAAGAAACGCUCAAUAAAAGGAACCAAGAACUAAGGCAGCUAUGCAUUCAGGAGGCGGAAUUAACCGGAAUCACACCACCGGAAAUGCCCUUAGAGCCCGGCGAGACCCUUCCUCACAUAAGAAGGCGCGUCGGCACGUCCUACCAAUUGCCCGAGAGGCUCAUCAAAAACGCCAGCAACAAAGACGAACUGAUAGCCGAUUUAGAGCUGCAAAUCCAACUGCACGCCAAUUUGGCCGAGGCCGCUUUGGGCCUGGCCAACGAGCAAAAUAUAAGCAAGACGAUUAAGAAGCGACACAAAUCGGAGUACGAGAAGCACAAGGGGCAAUAUUUAGUGUUACAAAACCAGCUAGCGGAGCUCAAACAGAAGGCUGCUAUCGAACAACAAAAGCAACUUAAAAGGAAGACGAGAACAUCGGAAACCAGUGAUGAUACCGUUUCUAUUUCUACGAGUACAAAUGGUAAACCGGAUCUCAGGCAUAGCAUCAGUUCAUUAAAACCGGCUUCUCUUCCAAUGGACGGAGUAGAACUCAGGUACCCGCACGAAUCGUCCAGGUACCGCAUGACGGAAGUACCGUGCCUGUUGCAAAAUACCAACAAAUCCGAAGAAUUCCUAUCGAACGGAUUCUACCGAUUGAGCCUCAACGGCUACAGCAAAUACAUGGAAAGGCGCGAAAACAUCAACAACGUGUACCCGCCGUACUUGUCCCAUCACCAGUACCAAUACGGCUACGUGCCGAUGCAGCACCUCCAGCACCAACAGUACCAACAGCCGAACGCGACGAUGCAACACGGCCCGCUGUCUCCUCGCAGUCCCCAUUCGUCGCCGCAUUCGUCGCAGCGCAGCCCCCACAAGCUCUACCAGCAUCCGCAGUACGCGUCCGAGUUCGCCGAAACGAACCGUUCCAGUCCGGCGUCGCCGGUCUCGGCGAAGUCCCAUUACUACCUGUCGCAUUCGACGUUGAACCGGCAGAGUUGCCGGUACGACGGCGAGCUGGUGUACAGGAACUCGCACCAGAUCCAGCCGCACCAGCGCUACGAGCAAACGUCCGGUUUGGGGGGUUAUUGGAAGACCAUGUCGAACGGCGAACAGGUCUGGUACUCGUCCAAUAUAUUGGACAAUGCUUGGCAAAGGGAUAGGAGGUUCGGUAGUUUGGAUAGGAGAAAAUCGAAAAGGUUGACCAGUCGAUUGAGCUCUAAUAUUGACAAUAAAUCGAAAUCGGCUACGUUGUCUGCUAUACCGAACUCCCAAGGGCAGAUUAGAAGCGCCUCGAUAAAAAGCUCGCAGGCUCUAAGUAGGCGAUCUCAAGAUAACGGGCAAUUGGUGCGCACCCAAUCGUUGGGCAGCGUCGGGGCGACGACGUUCGAAAGCGUCUACCCCACUGACGAUAGUUCUUCGUACGGUAGCGACAGCAGGAGCCUCGAAAGCAACCAAAAGAAGCAUAAAGAAAAAGAGUGGUUGGAAACGUCGCUGGACGGGCCCGUCGCGGCGGCGAUGUCUCCGAAUUCGCCUCAACCGUCUCUAUCUUCUUCCAUAUCGGCGUUUUCGCUGGAGGAUAAAUCGCCCAAGGAGAUACCGGCCGAAUCGAAUCCGUCGAAGAUCAAAGAGCCGAACUUGGAGCUGUUCAACAACAACAUGCCGAAGAAUUGCACGGUGGUGCAGGCGGGUCAUUGCAAGCCCUACCACGAGGAGACGAAGCCGUUCGAGAUGUCCGAUUUCUACAAGUACUCGACGAAGUUCAAGAAGUCGCCGACGAAGGGCGAGGGCGAGAGGCCGUCGAACGGGAGGAAUUUGAACAAGAAAUUCGACGAGUGUUACUCGCCCGGUUUCCAGCAUCACAGCGGCAGUGGGGGAGCCCCGAGUUUGGAUAAUUCGAUGAGUUUAAAUGCGAGCCUGAAUUUGGAGCAGUUGACCGUUUCGGAAAAUUUUUCAGACGAAAUGAACGCUUGGUACAAGGAGCAAAGGCAGAACAACAACUCCGGGACGAGUUCGAAAAGCAGAUCAACAGCGACUUUAGUCUAA